AUGAGGCGGAGAGGCCCCGAGGAGGAGGCCUGCGGCGUGUGGCUGGACGCGGCGGCGCUGAAGAGGCGGAAAGUGCAGACACACUUAAUCAAGCCAAGCACCAAAAUGCCAACACUCUUUCCUGGAGAGAGAAAGGUUAAGAUUUCUUUUACUCAAAGAAGAACUCCACCUGCAGGCGUUCGGCAGACCAGCAUUGCUUCAUUCUUCACCUUGCAGCCAGGAAAGACAAACAGUGACCAGAGGAGUGUUUCAUCUCACGUACAGAGUCAGACCAACAAAGAAUCUAAGAAAGACGCAACCCAGCAAGGACAUCCGACCCAGGGCUUGGUGGAUGAUUGCAUGGCACCCCCUUUAGCCACUUCAACCCCUGCAGACAUCCAGGAAGCUGGACUUUGUCCUCAGUCCCUCCAGCCUUCUGCCCACCACAGAACAGGAACCCCAUUCUUGACUGUGCUGUCUUUGUUCCAGCCUGACACCUCAGUCUGCGCUGGAGAGAGUAAAGACUCCCUGGCUUGUUCCUUCACUCAGGACUUGGAAAGUUCUUGCUUGCUGGGCCAAAAGGAGGGCGUGAAGGAUUCUUCCUGGAAAAAGGAAUGGCUUCAUGGACCUAAGAAAAAGAACUGUCAGGCUGUGGAGAGACAUAGUAAACCACCUGGGGGCAAGGGCCAUCAGCCCUUGCACAAGACUAAAUUUGAGAAGGUGUCUGCCAAGGAACACAGUAGGGAUUUCUGGAGUGGAGAAAACACAGAGUCAGUGAAACAAAGCCCUUGUCCUGUUCCUGUGUUUUCUUGGGACAGUGAAAACAAUGACAAGGACUCCUGCAGCCAGCUUUUCACUGAGGAUUCUCAGGGCCAGCGGGUUAUUGCCCACAACUCAAGAGCUCCUUUCCGAGACGUAACCAACAACAGGAAUCAGAGCUUAGGGUGGUUUCCUAACAGCACUUGGGCUCAGUGCCAGGAUGGACCCACUCAGUUAAAUCUGCAGCCUGAUGUACUCUUUACCCAGGACUCUGAAGUCCAAGCUCUAGUUCGGCAAGACCGUUGCAGAAGGUUUCUAAUUGAGAGGCAGAAACAUCUGCGGUGA